AUGCUCGCAGCAACGCCCACGCUUCGAACUGCUGCACUCGGCUACAUGCUGCAACCAUCUCUCUUCACGCCGUGCACAUACACUACCACUUCCCCGUCCUUCAGCAGAGACCAAAGCACGAGCGCUAGCUCUACAGCUUCCAGACGGAGGGUGCAGCUCGGAAAGCGAAAUGUAACUUUCAAACCCUCUACAUCGACCACCAAAAAUGUAUCUACAGCUGCUGCUACAACUUCACCACAUCAAGCAGCAGCUCCUGCGUCCAAAACCGACCUUCUUGACUGGAACACGUUCUUCAAGCUGCGCAAGACACGCCGAUGGUAUCAGCUCGGCUCUUCGGUCGGUACUGGACUAGGAGGAUUCGUCAUGGGAGCGCAGGCCCUUACAAUAGCGGACAUGGAUGCGUUGGUCUCGCAGGUUCCUUUAGAUCCAUUCAUUACGCUGGGGUUGAUCACAUUUGCGUGUGGAGGUACGGGAUGGCUUCUUGGUCCAAUUAUGGGGACGGGGAUGUUCAACUGGACAAACCGGAAGUUCAGAGGUCAAAUGGACGAGAAAGAGAAAGAGUUUUACAGGAGGGUGAAGAAGUUCAGAGUGGAUCCGUCGGCCAGCAGCAUGGCGAACCCGGUACCUGACUACUACGGUGAAAAGAUAUCUAGCGUGGCAGGCUACAGACGAUGGCUCAAGGAUCAACGAGCUUUCAACAAGAAGCGUACCUCAUACAUCUGA